GGGUAUGGCAGGAGACAACGCUGAAAUUAUUGCCUAGAAACCAAUAACGUAAAGCGAUGGGGGCGGUCGUAAACGGUAAUCGUUGGUGUUGAAAAAGUCGGAGUACAAUCCGUUGUGGUGGCAAAGAGCAGUAAGCCUUUCUGUCGGGAUCAGACAACCUACAUAUUCCCGAAGGUGCUUCGCGAAUCGGGUAGUGUAAAGCCAUAGGCUACUGAUGCAGGGCAUCGCACAUGAUCGCACGAAAAAGGGACUAUUACAUGCAGUCGGAAAGAUCCGGACGACGAAGAGUUAAGAUCCAACAUCAGACUGUUUAUUACUAUGGCUAGGUGGCUAGCUAGUUUCUAGACGAUCUCGUAAUGGAAAGACCACGCAAGUGUUCUUAAUAAGGAUGCAUCAUGUGCGUGGAAUUUACAUCUCAUCGCAUUGAUCUCACAGUGGCAGCAACAAAGUAACUGUUCAUCGUCUGGUUGACAGCUGCAACUUCGAAGAAUGAUACAAACUAAACGCUAAGAGGAACACUUCUUAAAGACACAGGGGGGAGAAAGUCUUACAGCAGAGACCGAGAGCAUGUCCAGGAGGGCCCUCCAGUCCCUAACACAGGGGGACCUCUCUGCCCAUCUCCCCUGGCUGCAGCUCUAAGGAGACCAUGAGUGGGCGCCGGGAAGCGUCGGAGUGCGAGUGAGGCCCCUCGCACUGCCCCCCUCUCUCUCCCCUCUCCACCCCUCGCGUCCUCCAUCCCAUUGUUCCCCCUCUUCUCCCCCAUCCUCACCACCACCACCCACCACCACUUCCCGACCCCCCGUGACCCCCCUCGACCAUGCUGCGCUUCCUCCCUCUCAAGCUGGGCCGCGUGUACCGCUGUGCGAAGCUGCUUCUGGUGCUGGGGCUGUCCGUGGUCGUGCUGAUGAACACGCACAGCCUGUUCGCCUCCUUCCAGAAGAACGAGCUCACCGACCGCCGCUUCAUCAACCUCAAUAAGUGCCCAGCCUGCUUCGGCACCAGCUGGUGCCGCAAGUUCAUGAACGGACAGGUGUCCUUCGAGGCGUGGGGGCGGCUGCGCUUCCUCGACGUCUUCAACGUCAAGAACGUGUUCUUCGCGCAGUACGGUGAACCGCGCGAGGGCACGAGGCGCAUCGUCCUCAAGCGCCUCGGCUCCAGCCAGGAGCUGGCCGACAUCGACCAGAAGAUCUGCAAGCGGGCCACGGGGCGCCCGCGCUGCGACCUCAUCCAGGCGAUGUACAAGACCGAAUUCGCCCGACUCAACGGCGACGUGCGCCUCCUCACACCGGAGGUGGUGGAGGGCUGGUCCGACCUGGUCCACUGCCCCUCCCAGAGACUGCUCGACCGCGUCGUGAGGCGCUACGCUGAGACCAAGGACUCUGGAAGCUUCCUCCUGAAGAACCUGAAGGACACUGAGCGCAUGCAGCUGCUGAUGACGCUGGCGUUCAACCCGGAGCCUCUGGUGCUGCAGAGCUUCCCAUCAGAUGAGGGCUGGCCAUUUGCCAAGUACCUGGGCGCAUGCGGGCGGAUGGUGGCGGUGAACUACGUGGGUGAGGAGCUGUGGAGUUUCUACAACGCGGCAUGGGAGACGCGCGUGGACUUGGCGCGGCAGCUGAUGGACAUCGCCGAGCAGCUCACCAACAACGACUUUGACUUCGCCCUCUACCUGCUGGACGUCAGCUUUGACAACUUUGCCGUGGGGCCGCGCGACGGCAAGGUCAUCGUGGUGGACGCCGAGAACGUGCUGGUGGCCGACAAGCGGUUCAUCAGACAGAAUAAACCAGAGAACUAUGACGUGAUGUACGAGAGCAAAUUCGAGGAGUGCGACAAGGAGGCCUGCCUCUCCUUCUCCAAGGAUGCGCUGUGCCAGCGUGUCACUGCCGACCACAACUACUACGCCAUCUGCCAGAACCUGUUGUCGCGCUACGCCACGUGGCGCGGCAGCACGGGGGGACUCCUGCACGACCCCCCGCCACAGGUGGCCGGACAGCUGGAGGUGCUCCUUGACGAGUGCGCCAACCCCAAAAAACGCUACGGUCGCUUCCAGGCAGCCAAGGAGCUGCGCGAGUACCUCACUCAACUUGUCGGUCCUAAUAGGUAAUGAACGGCCAUGCUUUUAGCGUUAGCAUCAGCAAGCUAGGCUAAGCUAAGCCUUCAUCUUGUUUGUGGGCUGCACCCACACGCCGCCCUCCACGAGCCGACCUUCAUGACCUCCUGUUCGACAUCAUUUCCUCUUUCUUCGCAUGGCAGCAUCAUUUCGUUGUACAUUUUUUUGUGAGUACUCAUGAAUUUUUUUUUGUUUUUUUUUUUUACUUCAUUUGUUGGUGUUGCUGGAAACAUCUGAUGCAAAAAAAACUGUCAAGAUGAACGGAAAGCCGGGAUUGCACAGCCCUGUUUACGUCCAGUGCACCCAUACCUGGUCUUACAAUCACAUUCCCUCCAGAGAAGAUGCCGUCAAGGGACAGGGGGCGCCAGGUAUUGGUCCCAUGUGGUGUUGUGCCCCAGUUUUGUCUGGUCCUUCAAGGUGGACAAAGCAAGGACAAGGUAAUCUGGGGGUUGGGUGAGACAGCCCUCCCUCUCCCACCCUCUGGAUGGUAGAUUACCCCAGCCGGCCCCCAGAUACUCCCCAGCUCAGUCGGAUUCCGUGUCCGAUUUUCACUCUCAUCAGACGGCGGUUGAAGCUGGUUCAGCCUCACGGUACGGGGCGAGACGUGUAGCGUAUAGCGAUUAUUCCAGAACAGCAUCGCCUGGGACUCCCCAACUGAACUCACUCAGCGAGGUGCCUCAGAGGUCACCUCACAGCGGGGCGCACGGCAAGAGGGGAGUGGGGGAACAAGUGUGUCUUCGUGAGUGAAAAUCCACCCUUUACAUCUGGGAAAACAAGUCUUAGUUUCUGUCACCGGUUCAUGAAAAAACAUUAUUUGAUGUUUUGUUUUGUUUUUUUCCAGCCCCCUUGUAAUUUGGCAAUCAGCGUUGUUUUUUUUUGGUUGUGGGGAAAGGCUGAGAUGGUUAUGAGAGACUUGUACAUAGGGGGAAAAAAAAAGACGAAAAGGGACUACAUAAUGCAGACGUUUUGCAUAUACCAAAGAGUCAGGAAAUAUGGUACCACUCGGUCGUAACCUUAGAAGCAGUGCUGCCCCAACUCUCUGUUUCACCCCAGUUCAAACGGCUUCUUUCUGCAGAACUACGUGUGUGGAGCCUCAUUUUGGACGGUUGUAACUUAUUUCUUUAUUUUAAAUUGGGCUCAAUCCAACACGACUCCAAACCAUCCAGUGCUAUCAAGUCACAGAGGUAAUGAAGUCCAUUCAUUAUCUGCUAAUGAUAAUUAAUGCCCCUUCUCUCCCUUCACGCAUCUCAGAUGCGGUAACGUUAAGUGACACUGAAAAGGGAAUGUGUUUUUGUGUAAAGAAAAGAGAGUGUUCCAAAAUAGGGUUCUCCAAACCUUGAAUGUCUGUGCUACGUUUUAAUUUCACAGCUCCCAAAUUGAAUUAAUCAAACAUUCAUCAAAUGUCCCCCCACACACUCGAGUUCCAUUUGAAGUUUCAGCCAUCAAGCUUUCAAGCUGCCAGACCUGAAUUUCUUAAUGAUUUAGCACAUUAGGGUUGGAUUUUGCACUUCGUGAACCAAUGAAUUAAUUCAAAUUUAUGUGUGUGUGUGUGCGUGCGUAUGUGUGCGUGUGCGCGCGUGUGUGUGUACAUUUUGGUAAUGAGCUAAAAGGGGUUUCAUACUUAAAGCAGUCAGAAUCCUAAGUGAGCUGGUUGUGCUAUGUAGAAAGGUGUUGACAGCGGAGCAUGAUGGAAGCCCCUAGAUAGCCCGAUAAUCAUUCACACCUCCACACACGGAAGCUUCAAAAAUGAAACUUUUGUUCUCGGUUCACACAAAUGAGCAAACUUUGUUUUUAUUGCUUUUUCUGUCUUUUAACCGAUUGCAGUGAGAUCUCAGAACUCCUCUUGGGUUGGAAAAGCAAUAAAUGUAAGUUUGGUCGUUUCUCUCUCCCUCCCCCCCAAUUCCACAUUUUUUUCUGAGUUUUGAGUUGCCUGUUGUCAAAGUUCCCAACAGGAUGGAGAUCCUCAGCCGUCCUCUGGAGCGAAUAGCUGGAGGUGGGGUGGGGUUGUGGGGGGGUUGUACGUGCGUGAACAACUGUCUGCUUUUGUACUGUACUUUUUUGUUUUUCAUUUGAGUAUUAUAUCAGCAGUGUCUGAUUUUACUGUGCCUUUCAUUCAAAAGUUGUCUAUACAACUUUUUAGUGGGUUUAAAUAUUAAAAUAAAUGACUAUAUACACACUUA